AUGAAACGUUGGUUUCUCAGCUGUUGGGGUUUGAAUCCAUCGCUGGAAAAGUCAUUACAGCUUUUUUAUCAGCUCCAGUUUUUAGUCAAGAUGGAUCCACAAGACAUUGCCUGUUUGGAUGAAUCUUUCAUACUUCAAUUCACAAAACAUGAAAUUAAUUCAAAGCUCCCUGAGCGUAUGAGGAUGGAUUCGAGAUUUAUCAAUUAUACAAGAUGUACAGAGCAUUAUAGGACUAUGUAUAAUUAUGUUCUUGAAAACCCUUAUCCAUUGAAGAAGGACUGCUAUGAAUCUCUGUAA